AUGGCUGAAGGAGCGGAAGAUGCAGUCAAGCUGGCGGACUACAUGCAGGCCGUGAUGCGGAGAACGAAGCUGCGGCCGCCCUUGACGUAUGGUUACAAGGGCGACCCUGAUCUGGGAGUUGGCUUCUGGAUGCAUGACACCAACAAGUGCAAAGUCUUGGAGAAGCCCAUCGUGAUUCCUUCCGGCUUGGACCACUACCAGGGCUACAGUGUCUUCUUCGCCUACUGUGGCGAGGAGGGCGUGAAGCACAUGCUGGAGGGAGCCUGUCCGCCCAUCCUCCCAGCCACGGAGAAGGAGCCGGCAGACUUCGCCUCCUUAGCUGACAUUGCAAAUAACUUUGGGGCGAAGGACCCCGAGGCUGCGAAGGGCAACUCGGAAUUCUGCGUUGCCAUCUGCGUGCCGCAGGAACUAGCGACAAAAGCAGAUGUGCCAGGCAGAGAUAUUUGGAUGAUCCAGUUCGAGCAGGACAGGGUUUCGGCUUUCCUCCAGGCCGCGAAAGAAGGCAACGUGGAGAAGCUUGAAGCCGCCAUGAAAGACGGCAUCAAAGGCAACUUGGUUGACGAGCAUGGGGUGAGCGCGCUAAUGAUGGCGGCUUUCAUGGGCAGCAACAAGGCAUGUGAGGCCCUCCUGCAGGGGGGUGCCGAGGUAAACCAUGCCGAGCGCCUCAACAAAAGGACGGCCCUGAUGAUGGCAGCCCAGGGAGGACACGAAGAAGUUGUGAAGUCUCUUCUGGCAGCGAAGGCAGACACCAAAGAGGUUGAUUCCGAAAUGCAGACGGCGCUGCAUUGGGCAGCCGUUGCCGGCAAGACAGCGGUAGCUCGGCUACUGGCCAGCAUUGGGCAGAAGGAUGCCAAGAACGAACAGGGCGAGACGCCUGCGCAGGUUGCCGAGAAAAUGGGUCAUACGGAGACGGCGGCUGCCCUGAUGUAG